AAUUUUGAUAGUUAUUUUCUUACAACAAUUUCUCUAAGUAACCUAAUGAAUGACAGCCAACUUGGGGAUGAUCGAGGCCAAUGUUUGGACCGCCUCCACCGCCACCAGCACACCACCACGUCCACUGUUACCUCUCCUGAUAACUCUAUCAAGAACGACAAGAAAAAGAAGUUCACUAUUUCGAAGAUUUUUACUUCCAAGAGACGAGGUAGAGGAGGUUCGGAUGAUGAACAUGUAUCCCCAGAUUGUGAUGGAGUUUCUCCUGAUUUGGAGAAGAAUAUUGCAUCUAGGAGGAAAGAAUUUAUGGAAGCAGCCUCUCCUUACAUAAGAAAAAGUUUCUCGGAAAGAGAAGAAAAUAGAGGGUUAAUCGAAGGGCUGAAUCUCUCGAAUUUCGAGUGUUCCAUGGCAUCAGUGACUGAAAUUCGGGAUUUUCGGAUAUUUGUUGCAACUUGGAACGUGGGAGGGAAGACACCCACCUGUGACAUGAACCUGGAAGAUUUCUUGCUGUUGGAGGGCUCUGCAGAUAUAUAUGUUUGUGGGUUUCAGGAAAUUGUUCCACUCAAUGCGGGAAAUGUUCUAGUAAGUGAAGACAAUGAACCUGCUGCAAAAUGGCUGGCCCUUAUAAACCAAGCGCUUAACAAGCCAUAUCACGAUUCCAUGUACUCUUCUCCUGACUCUGGCCAUGGUUCGAAACACUCCAACAACAAGGACUCAAAAUCUCCAACCAGUCUUCACCUUUUCCACAAACCUGCUCUCAAAGUCCUGAGUAAGAAUUUCAGGGCUGAAAGUAACCUUCUCAAGAUUUGCAACUGUCUUGUUGAUUCCACACAUAGGGAGAAGCAAAGGCAAAAGAAGCUAAGAGAUUUAACAAGUAAACUAGACCUUCGUCCCCUCGCUUUGCGUCGUGAUAGUACUGUUGAUGAAUUGGUUGCACUUUCUGAUAUGUCCCCACCUUGUUCAACUAGCCAGACGGGUUACCGCCUCAUAGCCAGUAAGCAGAUGGUUGGGAUUUUCCUUUCGAUAUGGGCUCGAAAGGAUUUAGUGCCAUACAUUGCUCAUCUCAGAGUUUCCUCUGUAGGAAGAGGAAUAAUGGGACGCCUUGGCAACAAGGGAUGUAUAGCAGUAAGCAUGUCCUUGCACCGAACAAGCUUUUGCUUCGUCUGCAGUCACUUGGCUUCUGGCGAGAAGGAAGGCGAUGAGCUCAAGAGGAAUGCUGAUGUUACCGAGAUCCUCAAGGGCACACAGUUUCCCAAGAUUUGCAGAACUCCAAAUUCUCAAGCCCCGGAGAAAAUUAUAGAGCACGACCGAGUAAUAUGGCUUGGAGACUUGAAUUAUCGAGUAGCACUGAGCUAUGAGAAAACGAGGAUUCUUUUGAAGGAUAAUGAUUGGGACUCCCUUCUGGAGAAGGAUCAGUUAAAUAUGGAGAGAGAAGCCGGAAGAGUAUUCAAAGAGUUCAAAGAGGGACGGAUAUUCUUUGCUCCUACUUACAAGUAUUCGCAUAAUUCAGAUUCAUACGCCGGAGAAACUGUCAAAUCGAAGAAGAAACGCCGAACCCCUGCAUGGUGUGAUCGGAUACUAUGGCACGGUGCUGGCAUUGAACAAUUAACUUAUAUUCGUGGAGAGUCAAGAUUCUCUGAUCACAGACCUGUUUCUGCUGUCUUUUCUGUUGAGGUCGAAGCAACAAGAAAAUUCAAUAACAGAUUCAGGAAAGGUUAUUCCUGUGGCGGAAAGAGAUUGGAGUAUGAAGAUUGCAUACCUAAAAGGCAUAGCUUCUAUGAGUUCUAA